AUGAAGUUAAACAUUUCUUAUCCAGCCAACGGUACACAAAAGUGUAUUGACAUCGAAGAUGAACACAAAUUACGUGUUUUCUACGAAAAGAGAAUGGGCCAAGAAGUCGAAGGUGACUCAGUUGGUGAUGAAUUCAAAGGUUACAUUUUCAGAAUCACUGGUGGUAACGACAAGCAAGGUUUCCCAAUGAAACAAGGUGUUUUACACGCUACCAGAGUUAAGUUAUUAUUAGCCAAGGGUCACUCUUGUUACAGACCAAGAAGAACCGGUGAACGUAAGAGAAAGUCCGUCAGAGGAUGUAUUGUUGCCCAAGAUUUAGCUGUCUUAUCCUUGUCUGUUGUCAAGCAAGGUGAUGCUGAAAUUGAAGGUUUAACCGACACCACCACUCCAAAGAGAUUAGGUCCAAAGAGAGCUAACAACAUUAGAAAGUUCUUCGGUUUAACCAAGGAAGAUGACGUUAGACAAUUCGUUGUUAGACGUGAAGUUACUAAGGGUGACAAGACAUACACCAAGGCUCCAAAGAUCCAAAGAUUGGUUACUCCUCAAACUUUACAAAGAAAGAGAGCAUUAAAGGCUCAAAAGAUCAAGAACUCUCAACACCAAAGAGAUGCUGCUGCUGAAUACGCUCAAUUAUUGGCUCAACGUUUACACGAACGUAAGGCUGAAAGAGCUGAAAUCAAGAAGAGAAGAGCUUCUUCAUUAAAGGCUUAA